GCAAGCUUUACCUUAUCAUCCAAGUGAGCAAACGAAUGAUUCACAAAUGCCCAAACGCCACUCUCACACACGUAAAUAUAUAUACGUCCUCUAGAUUUAUUCCCCCAAGCUACUCUCCUACGCAACUUCCACACUCGCCAACAAAUAGACCCUCCUGCUUCUGUUUCUUCUUCUUCUUCUUGACCUCUAGUUUUUAAUUGCUGUUGGUCGUAUCAUAUACACAUACAUACCUACAGAGAGACUAGACUAGCAUGGCUUCGGAUGAGAGCAUGACCGUCCGAUCUUGUAUUUCUUCUGUGCAGGAAGAGGAGUUUGAUCAUGAGGAUGAUAUAGAGGGCGGGGAUUUCUAUCAACCCCACCAGUACCAGUGCCAGUGCCAAUUCCAUCCUCACAAUAAGUACUUCUCCAGGCUUUCCGUGUGCACCACCACUCCAACUGAUGAUCCCGAAGAACAAGCUGCUGGAACAAACCCAAACCAUGAAGAUGAUCCCCAAGAUCACAAUGUCAUGGGGAUGUACCACAUGAUGUCGGGGUUGUCCAUAGAAAACUUUGAUGGUGACGACGGCGACGUCGAGGAUGAGUUGUCCGACAGCCGAUUCAAACCAACCAAGAAAGGAGGACUGGAUCAUCAUCAUGAUCACAUGGGCCUCGUUAGAACGUCUGACUCCGAUGAAGAAUCAGGCGGUGGCUGUUACUCUCUUCCGGCGACGCCACCCCGCCGGAUGAGACCUUCAGGGUCAGCUGGGAGGAAUCACCGGCGGCGGCGUAGUGGAGAUGCAGGCAAAGAGUGUGUGAGCGAGAACGAGGCGGCCGCUGAUCGUUCAAGGCGGAGGAGAAAGAGAACGGUCACGAGGGAGACGUUGCUGCGUGACACAAAUAAGUUUCGAGAGGAGGAGACGAUAUUGAUGAUGGAGAUGCAGGACAAUCCGGCUCAUGAGAGAAGUCAGAGAGUAGCAGCAGUAGUAGGAGAUGAUGAUAUUAUUGAUGAAGAUGAUGAUGAGCAUAAUUCAAAGUGCAGCAGCACAGGAGGAGAGAGUCAGAGUGAGUCAUCCUCAGUACUGCCGAUGGUGGUGAGGCCGAACGGGGGGAAGAGGUCGCUGCGAAUGGAUUUGGAGGAAGUCAAGGCUUGUAGAGAGCUUGGAUUUGAGUUGGAGACGCCAUUACCAUUGCCAUUACCAUUGCCGUUGCAUACUCCUACCGUACCUAAUAAUCUCUCCGCCGACACUGCCAGUACCGCCACCACUAGCGGCGGCAAUUCCCCGGUUCAUUGGCGCAUCUCCAGCCCAGGUGACGAUCCCCGGGAUGUCAAGGCUCGCCUAAAGGUUUGGGCACAGGCGGUGGCGCUCGCAUCAGCAUCUCGCCAGGCCAGUUGACAUAUAUGGGCUUUUUUUGAUAAAUAUUUUAUUUUCUAAUAGUACCAAGAUCUGUUUGUUUUCAUGUAAUGUACUCUAUGAUUUGAGGGUGACUGGGUUUGGCCUGUACGGGAUCUUGGAGAAGGGAAGGCAAAUCAGCUUCACCCAAUUUUCUUUGGCCGAGACUUGUCAUUGAUUUUUCUUCUUCUACAUGUAAAUACAACAUAAACAAUACCAUAAAGGACAGGACUGGAGUUUUAAAC